GGUUUUGUUGUUACAAGUUUUAGAUGUUAGAUGUCAAAUGUUAAAUGAAAGCAGCACAUGCCUAUAUAUAUAUAUAUAUAUACACAUAUAUGUAAGUAGUUGACCUGAAAUCUUAACAUUAACCAAAAAGUUGUAAAGAAAACAUUAAGCAAAAAAAGAAAUUGUUGACCUUAGAAAAUAUAUAAAGGAAUAAUAAUUCUAAUCUGGAAAGGAUUCAAGGUGAGAUCUUUUGCAAAAGAAAGAAUUGGCAAAUUAAGACACAUUCAACUUCCAAUCUAACUUCUUGGUCAUGUAAAUUUGACAUAUCUUGGCCUUUAUAAAUGGGAAAUAAUUUUAUAGAUAUUUAAAAUUACGAAAAAAUAAAACGAUUAUACACUAUUAUAAAUAUUCAAAAUACAAAAUUAGUUUUACAAUAGGGAUUAUUUGUGAAAUAACCAAAAAAAAAAGAAAAUUAGUUUUGUAGAGAGAGGGUAGAGAGAGAUAGGAAGAGAAAAUAAGAGAGAGAGUGUAAAAUUGGUUAGUUAGUUAAUUUUGGGUUUUUGUUUGGUUAUUGGAUGCAAAUUCUCUUUACAAUUACAAUAUUGUAUAAUCGUUUUACCAAAAAAAAAAAAAAACCCGCAACCUAUGGCUAUGGCUAUGGCUACCUCGUCCACAUACAACAAACAGUCCAAUGUAUAUCAUUGAUUUUUUUUUCGUACUUUGACUGUUAUUCCUCUUUUGAUUUUCAGAAAAUAAAAUACUUUUUUGUUUCACUAAAUAUGUGUGUUGCCACUUGCCAACAUAUGGGUUUAGCUUUAAUUAUUUUAAAAGAGAAGAUGUUACAAGUUUUGUUAUUCUGAUUACCAAACAAAAAAAAAAGGUUUGGAUACUCUCUAUUAUAAAUCGUUAUCAUCAUCAUUAAUCAGGGGCUCGGUUCAUUUUCAACUUAAAAAGGAGAUUACAUAUUACUUACUAUAUAUCUAUUAAUCGUUAAUAGUACUUACUAACCAUAUUUAGCUCUAAGAAACAAGUCUGUUAUUCUUCUCUCUGUCUUUUCCCGGGAAAUAAUAUUAACCCUCUUCUCUCUCUCUAUGUCAAAUCGGAAACAGAGAAAGGUUGUCCCUUUGAUGCCACAUUUGGAUUUAAUAUCGUGAAGAUGUGUUUUCUGAAUCCUCUUCACAUUUUGAUUUUCGCCUUAUCUUUCACCAUCCAUUGUUUCCUCCUCGUCAAAUCUCAAGAACCGCCUCUCUUUACAAAAUCUUCUCUACCUCCUCCACCACCACCAUCGCCUCCACUUGACAAUGUGACAGACAGUCCUGCACCUUCUUCAGUCUCGGAGGUAAUUGCGCCUCUGUCUUCGCCACCACCUCAUCCUCCACCGCGGUGGAGGCCAAAGUCAGAACCUUUUCCACCGCCUCCUGAGCCACGGCGGGUUGGGGGGUCUCCGGAGAAGAAUAAGAGAGGUGGAUUAAACAAAGGGGAGACUGUGGGACUGGUCUUUGUUGGGUUAAUAGCAAUGUUGCAGGUGUUGGUUGUUGUCUUCUUGGUUCUCAAGAGAAGGCAACUUCUCAGACAGAAAGAAACUCAAUGAUAGUUGCUUAACUAACUAACACUUUCCGCAUUAACAACAUAACUUCUUUUGUUUUUCUAAGUCAUGUAACAAAAAUGUUGAUUAGAGUAAAUAUUAUUAUAGAGUGUUUUAGGUGGAAAGAAAAUGCAAAGUGUUAACUCAUAAUGUGUAGAAUUGAUUUCUUUCUUUCUUUCUUUCAAGAUGAAACUGAUUUGGCUUAGUGGAUCAUAAAGACUUAUACUUUUUGCAAUCUUUGGAUAUGAUGUGUUCCUAGGUGCAUUCUUAUGAAAUGAUGAUGAUUCAUACAGCAUUAGUAGAGGCAAUACGAAUCCUGACCGUCAAAGCCACUUUCUUUUCUCUGUUUCUCAAGGUUCAGGAAGAAAGAAGAUAAGAGACUUUGAACACAGAAGAUAAUAACCAGACAUGACCUUCUUAGUUAGAUUCUGGUCUGGCUUAAGAUUCUAAUGUGAAUAUAGGUUUCUUGGACAGCUGAUUAAUUAAGGAGCUGUAAAGCAUCUUCAUUGAGGUUGAUCUAUUUCGCUGAUAAUGUGAUGCAAUUCAUGAGCUUCAAACAAGGCCUAUAAACUUGAAGUUUGCAAGUAAGAUAGUUGGCUGGCUUGAGCUUGGUUAUACCCCGGCAUGCUGAGGAGGGAGAUGACAGAGUUGUUGCCAGACAUGGUCGGCAGCUGUAUGUUCAGAGAGUAACAAAAGAAGAAUCAACGGUCUCUUGAAGGUUUUAACUUUUAUUGAUUCAUAAAACUCAAAAUAUUAUUUCGAUUUAACAAAAUAAACAAUGGGGUUGUUUACCCAUCCUCCAUGAUCAA